UGUGAAUGAGGGUAUCUUGUUGCCCUGAGAGGCAGACCCUGUUGCUCUGUUCAUAGAUGGCCAAACCGGGGCCCAGCAAGGGGCAGCAGCUGCAGGGGCCACAUGGGCAGCCAGGCCCCUGAGCUCUUCCCACUGCGCAACCUGCCUUCCUGGCCAUGGAGCCCGCGGGACCCCUUACGGACAGGCACCCAGUCUGGUCCAGGUACAUCACAGCAGCUGGAGGGGUUUCUCUGCCGUGGAUUAUGGGGUCAAGAGAGCCAGGACAGGGGAAAGACGGACAAGACAUCCUCUUCCUUGUGCAUUUCUCCUACACAUUGGUCCCUCUCAAAAGCUACACUAUGCAUGCUCCUAUUUCCUCAAGUGCAUCUGUACUGACCUCAGGCUUCUGCAAAGUCUCCUUCGUCAAGGGAGCAGGAAGCUGGGGCUGCCAGCAGUUACGUCCCGUCCCCAUUGAUGGAGAUUGAUGUUACUGGAACACCAGUGCAACAAGUCACAGCCCACUGUUCCCGCCUCCACCCUCCUCCCACAGACACACACACUAUUUCCUCCCUCAGCCUCACUCCCCUGCCUCUGCCAGCCCGCCCGGUGCCUCCUGUCUAGCUGCUGCCAGGAGCCGAUUGCCUCCAGGGCUGGAAUCCUGUGCUUCCUCUGUGCCCAGAGUGCACGAUGUUGGCCAACGUCUCGGUGAAGCCCCUGUGCCCCAUCCUGGAGCAGAUGAGUCGCCUCCAAAGCCACAGCAACACCAGCAUCCGCUACAUCGACCACGCGUCGGUGGUGCUGCACGCGCUAGCCUCGCUGCUGGGCCUCGUGGAGAACGGACUCAUCCUCUUCAUGGUGGGCUGUCGCAUGCGCCAGACGGUGGUCACCACCUGGGUGCUGCACCUGGCGCUGUCCGACCUGCUGGCCAGCGCCUCCCUGCCUUUCUUCACCUACUUCCUGGCCGUGGGCCACACGUGGGAGCUGGGCACCACCUUCUGCAAGCUGCACUCCUCCGUAUUCUUCCUCAACAUGUUCGCUAGCGGCUUCCUGCUCAGCGCCAUCAGCCUGGACCGCUGCCUGCAGGUGGUGCGGCCCGUGUGGGCGCAGAACCACCGCACGGUGGCCGCGGCCCACAAGGUGUGCCUGGUGCUCUGGGCCCUGGCCGUGCUCAACACGGUGCCCUACUUCGUGUUCCGGGACACCAUCCCGCGGCUGGACGGCCGCGUCAUGUGCUACUACAACGUGCUGCUCCUGAACCCCGGGCCUGACCGCAACGCCACGUGCAACUCGCGCCAGGCGGCCCUGGCUGUCAGCAAGUUCCUGCUGGCCUUCCUGGUGCCCCUGGCCAUCAUCGCCUCGAGCCACGCGACCGUGAGCUUGCAGCUGCGUCACCGCGGCUGCCGGCGGCCCGGCCGCUUCGUGCGCCUGGUGAUGGCCGUGGUGGCGGCCUUCGCGCUCUGCUGGGGGCCCUACCACGUCUUCAGCCUGCUGGAGGCGCGGGCGCACGGCGACCCGGCGCUGCGGCCGCUCGUGUGGCGCGGGCUGCCCUUUGUCACCAGCCUGGCCUUCAUCAACAGCGUGGUCAACCCGCUGCUCUACGUGCUCACCUGCCCCGACGUGCUGCACAAGCUGCGGCGCUCGCUGCGCAGCGUGCUGGAGAGCGUGCUGGUGGAUGACAGCGAGCUGGGCGGCCUGGGCAGCAGCCGCCGCCGCCGCGCCUCCUCCACCGCCAACUCCGCCUCCUCCUUGCCGCUCGGCGGCCGCCGUCUGUCCCCGCUCCGGCGGCCCGGGACCCUGCUGGGCUGGCUGCGGGGAGGUCGCGCCGCGUCUCCGCAGAGGGGCCGGGCCCGAUCCGAGGACCAGACGGCCCCCCUGAACCGGGCGCUGAGCACCACCUCCGGCUAGAAGCGCGGGCCCCAAAGCGCCAUUCUCUCAGGAUAGGCCAACAUCUGGCAGCCAUGGAGCGCCAACGCAGCAUCCCAAGGGAGGCAUCAUUAAAAUGUAGAUAUCCCGGCUCCACCCUCCGAGAUCUUGGUCCAAGGUCAGGAGCCGGGAUUCUGCAUUUUAAAGCAGCCCCGCGCGAUUCCGCGAAUCCUUUUCAGAAUCAGGGAGUCAGAGCAGUGCUUGUCAAACCUUUGUGCGUGAGUCCUGGAAUCCUAGGAAUCCUGUUAAAGUGCGGCCUGAUUCAGCAGGCUGGGACUGGGGGCGCUGAGACUCUGCGUUUCUAACAAGAUCCCAGGAGGCGAGGUCAGUGCUGCUGGCCCUGUGUCACACUUGGAGUGACACAGCGUUAAAAUCUUAAGAUUCUCAAACUGGUGUAGUGGGCGCCCCGAGGUACACAGGACGCAUCUCCCUGGAGCUCAAUUUUACCAGAUGAUGGGGGGGGGAGGGGAGGGAGUAUUUUUACAUUAAACCAGUGAUGUAUUUUUGGAAUAAAGUGAGAGAGGAAAGGUUUGGGACACACUAUUCGGUCUAAUCUCUUCACUUCGCUCACUCAGCCGACGUUUAUGGAGCAGACUGCUUUAUCCCACAAUCUUGAGGGGUGGGUUCUGUUAGCCCCAGUUUAUACCAUUGAGCAAAUUGAGGCACAGGGAGUAAGCAACUUGCCCAAGGUUUCAUGAACGGCUGGUGACUGACAGGGUCUGUGUGCUAACUUCCAAGCAUUACAGGUUCAACUAUUAUUUAGUAAGUGAAAGAACACCCAACAUACCCAAGGUACUUAAGAUAGUAGCUGCCUUGGAGGCCCCAUCUCUACUCUUCUGAGCUGGCAGUGCCCAAAGUCUUUAUAAGGUGGAAAAAGGAAGAGGUGCCAUGGUCAAAUGUUUGGGAAAGCUUGGCUAAUCGAAGCACAAUGGGCAUCUUUACUGAACGUCUUCUGUCUUGAGUAUUUGAACGGGCAUGGCAGUCCCCAAGACCACAGCACAUGACAUUUCCCAGCUAACCUGCCACCUGUGUGGGGCUGGAGUUCCAUAGGAUGCCCUCUGGGCAACGCUGGUAAUUCCCAGAUCUGUGCAGCACCCCCCUCCCCACCACACAGGGGCUGAGCUAUGACUCCCCACUUGUAGAUGUUGGGGGUAACCUGUACGUGUCACAGCACUUCCACUGCACCUUGUCUGUUUCCUCUCAGACUGCUGUCUUCAGCUCUGCAUCCCAGGGCCUGGUGCAGUUGGAGCCAGUAAAUGAGUGGUGGAUGAAACGGUAGUGGAAGAGCCAGGGAAGAAACUCUCUUGGGAUCUUGGUCCAGUGCUCCUUGGGCCACCCCCAGGCUGUGUUGGCCAGCUUACUGUUUACUCCCAGUGCCAGGCAGGGCCCGGCCCACAGCAAGUGUUCAGAAAACUGAACAGCAGACGUACAGCUGACA